GUAGGUGGUAGUUUAUAAACUUCAAAGAAACAGCCUGAAUUAUGAGCAAUAAACUAUUCGAUGGGUCAGACGACGAUGGAGAUGACCUGCAGAUAACCACCAACAAGGACUACGCCAAGACCUACAACAAUUUGCGGAAGAAGGAGCUGUUGCAGAAAUAUAAGGACCGUGGCUUGGAUGUGUCGGAAUCCGAAUUCGAUAGCGACAGCUCAUCGUCUGAAGAGGAUGAGGUGGACCCCAGAUUCGAUCAGGACUUCUUUAAGACACUAUCUUCCCUGAAAAGUAAAGACCCGCGAAUCUAUGACAAGGGCACGCGGUUUUUUAAUGAAUCCUCCAGCGAUGAUGAGGAGAACGAAGGAGAGUCCAAGCAGAAGAAGAACAAAAAACUCAAGCCCGUCACUCUAAAAGACUACGAACGAAAGGUUAUCCUCGAGCACAAUGGAAAGUUUGAAAGCUCGGACGAGGAGCACCAGGAGAAGGAGGAGGAGGAAUACCAGCGGGCACAGUCCCCCACCGCCGUGGAGGAGGAACGUCGAUUGAAAGCCGAAUUCAGAAAUGUGAUGAACCAGGAGGACGAUGGCGAGGAUGAGGAAUUCGGGGGCAUUUUCAAGAAACGAAGCAAAACCAAGGAACAGACUGAUGCGGAGGAGGCGGACUUUGCCAAGUGGCUGGCUGGCCAGCAGGACGAUAUCCAGGCAACGGACAAGGAACAGCUGGAACCACUGAAGCAGUACUGGAGCAGCAACAAGUUAACUCAGGGCGAGAGCUUCCUCAGAGACUAUAUCCUCAACAAGGGCUAUGCCAACACAGAUGCUUCCGCCAUUCCCACUUACGAUGAGAUCGUGGGAGACAAUGCUCCUCUGUCCGAGGACGAACAAGAACUAGAGAAACAGGCGGAGUUUGAGCAAAAGUAUAACUUCCGAUAUGAAGAACCCGAUGCGGAGUUCAUUAAACGUUAUCCCCGAACAAUAGAGCAGUCGGUUCGACGCACGGACGACAAGAGGAAAGAAAAGCGCAAGGAGUUGAAGGAGCGCAAGGAGCAGGAGAAGCAACAAAAGAUGAAGGAACUGGAUCUUAUCAAGGAGAUGAAGCGCAAGGAGAUCGAAGAGAAGAUUCGGAAGCUAAAAGCGGUCACCGGCAAUGAUGAGUUGGGAUUCCGAGACGACGAGCUGGAGGAGGACUUUGAUCCAGCUGCCCAUGAUCGUCGUAUGCAGGAAUUGUUCAACGACGAGUACUAUAAUGUGGACGAGGGCGAAGAGAAGCCAGAGUGCCCCUCGGAUAUUGAUGAGCUGGCUUUAGAGGACUGGGACAACUAUGAUCCCAGCAAGCACAAGGACGGCCAGGGGGACGAUGACUACGAUGGUCACUGCGAAGAUGAUGACUUUAAUAUGGACUGUGACUAUGAUCCAGUUGCCGCCAAGCAGCAGUUGCAGCAGGAGCUCAUUGAGAACUCGAGGGGUCGAAAGGGUCGCAAGGGCAGGCGUAAUCGGUUUAUGGAAAUGAUCCAGGCAGAGAAGCCGGCUUUUGAUCCAGAAGAUGAGAAGACCUAUGGAGAAUACAUCGAUGAGUACUACCAAAUGGACUGUGAGGAUAUUAUUGGAGAUCAGCCGUGCCGUUUCAAGUAUGUGGAGACCAUACCCAAUGACUUUGGACUAACGAUAGAAGAGAUACUUUUGGCUAAGAACAAGGAGCUCAAUCAAUGGGCCAGCCUUAAGAAAGCAGUUCAGACCAGGCCCGAGCAUGUGGAGAAAAAGGAGCAGCGCCUUUAUAAAAUGAAGGCCAAAAACGAGGAUCUUAAGAGAAAGAUUUUUAAAAGUCUCUACGGCGAAGGUUCCGAUGAUGAAGAACAGCCUGAAGAAGAGAGUCCUGCACAGGUAGGAGGUGAAACAUCUACGCAAACUGAGGCACCACAAGCUCCCACGGAGCCUUUGUCGAAAUCUAAAAGGAAACGCUUGAAACGAAAAGCUGCGGCAGUAGCUGCAGCCACUUCCACUAAGACUUCCACGGAGGAGGUCAAGGAAACAAAGGAACCAACCGACUCCCAGGAGAGCUCCAAGAACGACGAAGGUCCUGCAACUAAGAAGAGUAAGAACCAAGACCAGAAACCCCAAGGACCUGCGCCAAAGACUCCCAACGAAAAUGCAAAGAGAAAAAAUAAUUUCAAGAAUACUAAAGCGGCUUCUGCCGCCGAAGGACAGGCCCCAAAGAAAGCAGAGAAAGGAAACAAUCCGUUUAACAAAAAUACCAAUAAGGACUCAAAGGGGACGCUUGAAGGACCUGCCAAACAAACGCAAAAUAAGUUUAACAAAAAGCAAGCAGAGUCCAAAGGUAUCGCGCCCUCGAAGGCAGAUAAGUCUAAUGGCAAUAAUCCGUUUAACAAGAAAACCAACGGACAGAGCCCAGAUCAAAAGCCCUUGGCCACCAGCUUCAAAGGAAGAUCCAAACAAGGAGGCGACAACGCCAAUCCUUUUAAGAAAUCGAACCAAGCAUCCGGCACAUCCUUGCCAGCUAAGAAAACGAAUAACUUCAAAGCGAAAAACAGAAUCAACAAAAAUCCCAAUGGCAUAACCGACGAUCGGUUGAAGGCUUACGGCAUUAAUCCUCGGAAGUUCCACAAGCGGGAGAAGUACGGCAAGAAGGACAGUUAAUAUUAGCUAUAGUUUUACUUAUGUACAUAUGAUAACAUAUUAAAAACCGGCACGACACAAUUGAA